CUUCCUCUUCCCGUGCUGGUGCCCGCCACACAGAAGAGCGAUAGAAAAUGGCGAGCCUGUGCAAAAGGCAGCAAUGCACAAUCGACAGGCGCGGCUUUCGGCAGGAACUUGACUCUUGGGGACAUAAACUCAUUCACUGUGUAGGCUUGGAGAGCAUUCUUGAAGGUCUGUUUGGUUCCGAGCUGGUUGAAGACCUAAAAUUAUUUAAGGAUUUUGAGCCAAUAGAAGUGUCCGACUGGUCAUUUGUUGAAAAUUGUCUAUUCUGCUGUUUGAGAAGAGACAAAGUAAAAGAACACUUAAUUGGCUUAAACAAAGAGGAGCUGGACGACACACCGAAACCUCUCCUGGUUAAGGAUCAGCUCACUAUCAGCAGACUAGAGAAACAAGCUGAGGAAUUUCUCAAUGCAGUCCUUUGCAAAAAAGAUGUGCCAAAUUUCUCAGACCCACACAUUCCAGUAGUGGCUCGAGAGAUUCUUCAGAGAAUGAUCAGACAGUUUGCUGCAGAAUAUACCUCAAAAACCAGCUCCCCUCAGGACAGCCGCUCAGAUUCCCAACCUCACUCUGACCAAAGCCUGCCGACCCCACCCUUGGUCUCAGGGGCUCCUUCUCUUACCAGCCCUGCUGCCUCUCCGGCUGCGCCAGCACACAGCCACAACCCUGUUCUAAGCAAGCUCCUCAUGGCCGACCAGGAUGCUCCUCUUGACCUCACCAUCAAGAAGCCCUCGUCCGAGCACAGUGAACAAGAUGGAGUUCUUGAUUUAUCGAUCAAGAAGAAUCGCUAUAGCAGCAGCAGCCUGUCUGUCCAUAGCCCCUGCAUUUCUCCAGCCACAUCCAUGGUGAAGGGUGAGUCUCCAGACUUCCGUGUUGCAAGAGCAAAAGACCUGCAGUCCACCUCAACUCUGGAACAGUUCAUGGCAAAACUCUGCCCCCACCAUCAGAGACAGAUAGUGGAUGCCAUAGGUUUUCUUCAGACAGAGGUCAAAGCACUUGCAUCCUCCAAAACACAGAAACCCUCUAAAUUUACCUCUGGCGCCCAGGGAACUGCUUGUUCCACUGCAAAAUCCACUGCAGUCACCCCUGAAAAAUCACAUCCUGAGUUAAAAUUUCCCAACCAGUCUACUCCCAAAUUAGAAGUCCAUGAUGUGUCUUGUUCCAUCCCAAGCAGUGGUGCUAUGAGAAGACCUCCAGAGAAAGCUGUGUCGCUGAAAACAUCUGCCCCUGCUUUGGAUCUGCGCACCCCUGGGUCAGGGGGUAACCAAGUUUCGGCCACUCCAACUGCUAAUCCGGUGGAGGCCGACAACAACCGUCAUGGUGAUCAUGCACCUCUGAAGAUGAAAAUCAUGACUAGCAACGCUGAUGGUAAGAAGGUGUCACGUGUGCUUCCCUCUCGUUCUUCUCAACCUGAUGCUUUGGAGGACAGACAGAGUAACUCGGAUGCCUCCAACAGAGCAGAGACUCAUAGCGCUAGACUCAGUUCCUCUGUGAAAAGACACAGUCCGGCUGGUCACACACAUCAAGCUAGACAGAGGCACAGUCUCUUGGCCAUUUCUUCAGAUUCUGCUCGGACAGCCAGAAAGACUGUUAGGACAUCCUCUGAUCAUCGGACAAGGGACUCUGCUUGUAGGGGAGUGGCUGACCCUGAUCUCGGCCACUGUGACAUUGUUUAUAUCGACAGACCAAUUACAGACUAUAUUGGCAAUCAACAGCGCAGCAUGGUUCCACGCCGCAAUGCCAGAAAGAGUACCAGAGGACAUAUGUAUUCAGACGAAAUCUGGGAGUUAAAAACUGUUCGUACACUGGCCGGGAGGGGCAACUGUGUCAAUCCUAUGCCAGCACUGAUUACACUGGUCACCCCAAAGCAAAUACUUUCAAAGCCUGAAGGUGUGCCACCUGUGGACAUGCCUUUUGUUAGACCGUGCAGGGAAACAAUGAUUCAACAAAUGCCCACAGAAGAGUCCGGCGAAAGUCUCAUACCAGGAACAGGAGAUGUGGUAGAGGGAGCAGCCAGUAAAGCAGAUGUUAUAGUUGAAACCAGUCAGACGGAUCAGUGUCAAAGCAAGGAGCAGUCUGAUUCUCCAUCUCCAUUAAGUUGCACAGUAGAAAACAAAGAAACUUUUAUGAACACAGAUGUAGGACAGGAAGCCACUGUAGAAUCCCAGAUGACAACAGGAGGUGAAGAAAACGUUGGUCAAGUGGCAUUUGAAGCAGAAAAAGAAAAUGAGCAGAAAUCUCACGAGGACAUGCAUGGAAGUACAGAGCAAAUAGUGCCAGAGACAGUGGUUGAGCCAAUUGAGCAUAGAAUUGAGCACAUUAGCAUAGAAGAAACUGAUCCCCAGCUUUCCGUAGUUACUCUGAACAGUGAACCUGUUCUUCAGCAGAAUAGUGAAUCACUAGUGAACCAAGGUGAGGAAGAGAUUGAGGAAGAUAAAAUGGAGGAAAUGCAAAAUGAGGAACCUCAGAAACCUCUACUGGAGCCACAGAUACAUGAGAACUUAGAAGUGACAGAAGAAGCUAAUACCACAGAUUCAGCAGGGCAGCUGUUGGUGAAAGAAACAGAAAUGGAAACAUCUGAGGCAGUUGACAAUGUUAUGCCCCCAGAAGCAGUUGACAAUGUUAUGCCCCCAGAAGCAGUUGACAGUGUUAUGCCUUUGGACACAGAAGAUAAAAUUGAGGACGACGUGUCAUCAAAGUCACUAGAUGCUCUCUUAAAGGAACUACCACCAUGGCGUAGGAAAAAAGGCACCAGAAUUUUGCCUGCAAAGCGGCUCAGUCAAGCAGAGACGGUGAUAGUAGGUUAUUUUAAUGGAAGGCCCAUAUCGGCUUCUGAUAGAAAUCUGCGUCGAAGAGCAAGUAACCACACAUCCCCUAGUAAAACUCCAGUGAAAUUGGGUGAUAAUUUAGCCAACAACAGUACUGAUUCAACUAUCGAUUCAACCACUGGAAACACAAAUCUGGAGAAACUUUUAUCUGAAACUGACACGCUCAUAAAGAUUGAAGCAACUCCAGUGAUUCAGCAGGUGACAGAAGAUUCAUCUGAAUCACCAUCGAAUCCAAUACCUGAAGUUCCCUCGUGUAAUAAACAAAUCAAGAAACAAAAGAGGGUUCUGAGAAAUUCUCUCAGCCCUGAGUCCAAACGGCAACUUAGAUCUGCCAGCCAGAAGCCAUUUGAGACGCCAGCAACUCUGCCCAUUUCAAAUGCUGUCACUUCUGUUUCAUCUGAGAUACCUUCUAUUGCCCCAGGAGGUUACCUUCUGGAGCAGCUGCCCUCCCUCCCUCUUCCUCAUCCACUGCCAGUUACUGAGUCCCCUGCAAUAACCACAUCUGAACCUGCAUCUGAACAGCCUCAACAGAACACAAUGCAGGACACUCAUGAAUUAGAAAUCAAAAAUCCUCCAGUAGACACAACCUCUGAAAACUUAGAAAAAAACAAAGCAGAAAUGCAACUCCAAACUAAACAGAAACUAAGAUCCGCCAAGGUUGCAGUAGAUGAUGGCAAGAACGAGAAAGAUCAACUUAGUGAAGUGUCAAGUCCAUUAGAAAAUCUAAGUCCAGUAAAGACAGAACUUCAAACACAGAUAAUGCCAUUAAGGGGAAAACGGGUGCUCCGAAAGGAUGCAGAAGCAAGUGAUGUUGUUUUGCAGCAGAAGCCAGAUGUAGCAUCUAUAGAAGACAAAUCUGCUAAUGGAGAUGAUAGCAAUCCUUCCAUAUCAGACAGACCCACAAGAAUGCCAUUAAGAAGUGAGAGCACUAAGGCUGAAAUGUCCCACCAGUCUGUUACACAGUUACCACCUGUGGACAACAAGAAAUUAGCUUUGAGGUCACAAACACUGGCUGCACCUUCUACCAGUACUCUAACUGUAGCUACAAGACAAACUGACGCAGCUUCCCCUAUCCGAAUAUUGCCAGAAAGAGUAACAAAAGCUCAGGUCAGGCCCCCUUCAGCGUCUAGUGCGCCUGUGUCCCACAGCUCGCAAAUUCCUAUCAUCACACCAAGACACGAGCCCCCAAAACAAACAGUCAACAAAUUCUUUGAGACGCUCACUGGAGAAGACAGCCAACAACUAAUUUCGAAUCUGAAUUUAAAGUAUGAUAAGAUGCAGAAAGGUUGGGUGCAAAUGGACAAAGAAGGUCAGCCGACGGCAAAAUACAAAAAUAAAUCAGACAGGCAGGCAGCUAUAUGGAAAAGCAAACGCAGGGCACGAAAACCAAAGUCUUUGGAGCAUCAGAAAUAUUCACCGGUCCAAAUGCUUUUUAUGAAAGGUUUUAAUCUCACCAGUAUUUGUCGCUGGUUCCUUGAAUCGACAGAAACAAAGUCCCUUGUCAUAGUCAAGAAGGUGAACACGCGUCUUCCGUCAGAAACUCAGCUGUGCUUCCACAGCUCAUCAGGUACAUCAGUGACCUCUCAGGGGGUAUUUCCAAGCCUACAGGCAGAGCGGUUAAAGAAACAUUUAAAAAAAUUUGCCAUCGCCUCUCCUGUCAAGAGCAAUCCCAAGAGUCAGAAACUGAUUGCGAAAGCACUGGAGCUGGAGGCAAAUUUAUUUAAAGGGAGAGACAGAGGAGAAUUUCCCAGUACUGCUCAGACUAAGACAUACACCUCGGCCAAAGCCAGUGCACAGACAGAAUCCCAGAAAUCUUCUGGCAAAUCAAAGAAUCCAGCUAGUGCAAGGAUCUUGAGGAAAUACUCUAAUAUCCGAGGAAAGAUGCAAGUACAGCAAACCACUGUUAGACUAAAAGAGGCCUCAAAGAUCUUAAAAACCAACAAAAUGAAAAGACUGGCCACCACAAAGGCUGCUGCUAAGUCAAAUCUGAGGCCGUCGCUGAAGGCACGGAAAUCCGCCCUACCUGUCAGUAAACGAAUGAAAGAGUCUGCGGCAAAAAUGCAAAGACGUAAAAUGUUGGCUGGAAAAAAAUCAACAAAGCACACAGUUCAAGUUAGGGCUGUUAAGGCUCAGGGCAGUAGUAGAACUUCAAGAGGCGCAACUAAAAAAGAUCUGCCAAAGAGAUACUCUCGACGACUGGGGUCUCCUAAAAUGUCUGAACUUCACCCCGUCGAUGUGUCUAAAAACAAGGCUGACAAUAGAAAACACACUGAAGCAGAAAAAACAGAGGUGGAAAAACUCGCAGUGAAUAAAGCAAAUUCAGGUGUAGAUAGAGUUGACGAAACUCCACAGCAGAGUCUGGAGGUCAAGGUUCCCACCUCUCCUGACCAGGUACUGACGAGGUCGCAGAGAAAAAUGGAGUCGGCGGUUCCUUUGAGCCCCCGUCAUGCUUUGGGGAGGGGCAAGAAGUCCAUGAAAACACAGAGCGCUUCUCCUAAAUCAGUUAAAAAAGCUGAAGAACCUAAGCUGAGGAGAAGCGGGGCUUUUAGUACUCCUGCAAAGAGGAAACGGGGAGCCUCACUGCCACGAAGUGCGACUAAACUGGCAACCAAGAGAGCUCAGGAGCAUUUAGUGACCCCAGCAAAGCGCACCAGGACAUCACACUCAAAAUAAAACGAACCUGCAGAGAGGUCAUCUUUGUUUUUCUUUUUUUGAUUUUCUUUUAUCUGGAAUAUACUCAGAAGGACCAAAAGUAUCUAUUUUGUACUUUCACCAAACUCUUCAGAUCAUACGUUGUUCAAUACGUAAGGAAGGAACAUAUUUUCAAAUUCAUUUAUUUUGUAAUGCGCCACCGUGAAAACUCAAGUGUGUUGGAUUAUUUUGCUUAGCAUUCGUUCGGGGGCUUACAGUCCUACAUGAUGUCUAGGGAAUGCAGUUGCUGUUUGGCUUUGUGUUUCAGCACUCUACGACACGGCUGGAGAUGGCAACCGCCUAUCAAAACCUCAUUUUAAAGGUUAACAGACGCGUAGAUGCAGUUAUUGAGGUGAAUCUACAUUAAUUCACCGCCUUCUUAUUUUUGUAUAUAAUUAUUGUUUUAGGUGAUGGCAUGCACUGCGAGAAGGGAGCUUUGAAUAAAAUUGUUACUUACAGUGACUAGGCAGUUUGUAUCUCCAGCCUGUCUUCCAAUCACAACAUUGUGAAUAUGUGACUGUUGUGACCAGGUGCCUUAUUUAUGAAAUGUAAUGUAAUAGAAUGUGUCGCUAAAUGUGAAAACUCCUGUCCUUGAGUUGCUUUCUGUCCCACGGAGGCAACAUUCAUUUGUUCCAGCGUCUCGUGCUUCAUCCGCAAAUUCCUAUGUUGACUAAGGCAUUCAGAUCUUCUGACACCCUCGUACCGGACAGGUUUAUUUUUAUACCCAUUUUCCCAGAGCAUUAACAGAAAAUCGUUCUUAUUAUAGUUGUGUUAGAUGUUGAGGUCUGAAUUGUCAAAACAGGCGUGUUCUCUAUGUGUCAUGACAAACGUUUGUAUUAUUUUGUGUUGUUCGGGGGUCAGGUUUCACUGCUGUGCACCUCCUCCGACUAUUGCACCUGUUCAAAAUGGUAGCAUUGAGUAUUUUACCUGCUUCUGCAUGUGUUAAAUCUUGUUGAUGUGGAGUCAGUUUCAGCAACCUUUGGCAAUGCAGCCGUGAAACCCAGCACUGUCUUUAUGUCCCUGAUCUAUAAAAGCCACCUUCAAGGCUGUGCGCACAUUUAGUGCUUGUCAAAAAAAGCUAUUCUAGAAAUCUACAUGAUAGGACUUUGAGAUACUGGCUGCAACACUUGUGGUAAUAAUUUUUCAGAAAUGCCUGAAAAACAUAUUUGAUGAAUGGACUUUGUGGCUUCACAACCAGUAAUAACACAUUAAAGAGUGAUAAUUCACAAGCUGGAUAGGGUUGGGGUAGUUUAGUCACACUUCUAAGUUCUGAAGCAGUUUUAUUAUAUAUAUUUUUAUUUUUAUUUUUUUUUUGUCUUUGACUGUCGGGCUGAUGUUCUCAUAAUGUGAAGUUUGUUUACUUCUCCAGUAGUAACUUACAGUAGCGUGUUACCAUUUUAGCACAGUGUUAUAUUUUCUUUUUAUUUUAUUCAGAGGGUAAAUCAUCCUGUAAAUGCAAAAAAAAAAGAAAAACAGUCCGCCAUGUUUUUAUUCUUAUUUAAGAGCUUCUUGUAGGCUAGUGACUUUAGCAAAUCUAAUACAGCCCACCAAAUAUCAGACUUGAACAUGUUUAUCCUUUACAGUUGCUAUUUAAAGAUUUUGAUUUUGUAUAUUAGAAAGAAAUACCUGCUUUAUUUGUGGUAAUCUCAAGAAUGAUGCAUCUUUAUGUUGAGAACUUUGUAUUUUUGCUGGAGUUGAUAUAAAGAUGUUUGAAUUUUA